GUCCAACAAAUAUUUUCCCCCAUUUCUCAAUCUACUGCAAGUGAUUUCCUAACGUUUCGCUUUCUAACUCUUUCCCAACAUUUUUUCUCCAUCUUUCCUUACAGUUGAGUCAAGACAUUGGCUACGUGCUGUACUCGGCGCUCGGGUCGUUCUACAUUCCCAGCUGCAUCAUGGUGUUCGUCUACAUUAGGAUCUACUACGCGGCGAAGGCCCGGGCACGACGGGGGAUCCGGAAGAAGCCGCUCAAACCGCCCAGCGAGCAGGACACAAGCUUCACGCGUCCGGCGAACCCGAUGCCAUCGCUUCCCAGUGCCUCAUCGAUGUCGGCCGUUGCGGUGGCUCCGGCGUCUUCAGUGAACGGCAAUGGCCAGUACGCCACCGCCAAUAGUAACAACAAUAACAACCUAAGUAGUGGCCCCAGCCAGCAGCACCAGCAGCAGAUAGCGACGAUAGAGCCUCCGCCGCGGGGGCUGGCAGGAGGGGCGGGUCCAGGUGGACCAGCGCAGAUGUCGAUCCCGACGGUGACGUGCGACUUUGCGUCGGAUAUGUCCACCAGCGAGGCGGCCGAUCACGACCAUGCGGCGGCCGUAUUGGAGAUGAAGGAUACGCUCAAGGUGGGAAAACCGGGGAUCGGGCUCACGUCACUGCCAUUGCUGAGAGGGAACAACGGAGCGGCGGCCAGUGGAAGCAGUUCGGGGGCGGUGGUUAGUCCGGGUUUAGCUAGGAAUAGAGCACUUUCGGUAGGGAUCGAAACGGACAUGGUUAGCGAAUUUGAUCCGUCGAGUUCCGAUUCGGGGGUGAUAAGUAGAUGUGCGGUGGUGAAACCGCUGAAGUUUAGGCUGUGUCAACCAAUUUUCGGCAAACGAGUAGGUAAGGGUCGCAAUAAGAACAAUAACGCGAGAGGGAAUUGUGCAGGAGUGGGACCGGCAGCGAUGGGAGGUCAGGCCAUAUCGAUAUCGGCCAAAGCGAACGAUAGUGCGUGUAGCGAAUUGGAACCUGCACUGCCAAAACCGAAACCACGGGACCCGGAGAAGGAGAAGCGACGGAUAGCGCGGAAGAAAGAGAAGCGAGCGACGCUGAUCCUAGGGUUGAUCAUGGGAAGUUUCAUUGCCUGCUGGUUGCCAUUUUUCUUCCUUUACAUUUUGGUUCCGGUGUGUAAGGACUGCCACAUACCGGAUUUUGCUUUCUCGUUGGCCUUCUGGUUGGGUUACAUGAAUUCGGCUCUGAACCCAGCCAUCUACACCAUCUUCAACAAGGACUUCCGGAGGGCCUUCCGGAGGAUCCUGUUCAAGUGAUGUUUGGCGUACGUGUGCUGCUACCGUUGCGUUUCCCGAAGCAUCGAGAAAGCGACGGAACGUGCGGUCAGCGGCGCACAGUUGGGUGGGGGCGGUUACCGCGGAGGCUACCUUCGAUAACCCCCCUACUCUACCCACGGAAACCCACCAGCGAAGCGCGUCCAGGUGUGACGUUUCUUCCACUACAAGGCCUUUCCUUUUCGCACCGACAAUGCACUGAAAGAUGAGGCACCGAGACCAUCUGACACAACACAUUCAAACACCAAUAGGUAUCUAGGCACAACAACGGCGAGAGGAGAAUCAAAAGACCACACCACCCUAGCUGAACUCCGGCAGAUGUUUUUUUUUUAUGCGGAGUCGCACCUUUUCUUCCCUCUUUCGGGAUAAGAAGCCAACAUCCCACCCACCCGUCACAAUUCAGUGGGGGAAAAGAAUGGGAAUUUUUCUAUCAUUUUCUUUCUACCGGGCGGUUACAAUGCAAUGGUAGAAAAGGUACAAGAGAGCAACUAGUUAGGCACACGAUGAAACAUACUCGCAAAUUUUAUACGAAGCACCAGCAGUGUACUUUCGGGUGGCGUUGAUGAGAGGCAGCUUGGAGUAUCCAGGCUUCUCCCGCGCUAUGCCGUCGCAUCCGUCGCCGGCCGGAUAGGAUUAGACUGGUUCAGAGAGUGAGAUAUAAAAGCGAUUUAGUUUUGUUCUCGAAUCAUUAUCUUUCACACAAUGUAGAAUACUUAUUUCUUCAUAAACUAUUGUGUAAUGGAUGGAAGAUGUUUACCCGACUACAAGAUUCUAACAAAAAUGAAACAUUAUUAUAACAAACCCUGAUAUUUGUAACUCAUUGUGAUAUAACCAAGUUUUAAUAUCUUUGGGGUUUAAAUAUAUUAUAUCUCAAUUAUAUCAUACUAUGUUAUAAAUGUUGUUUAGUAACUCAUUGUGAAAUAAUUUAGUUUCAAUUACUUGACAUUCAGAAAAUCAUUUUGUACAAUUGUAUCAAAAUAUGAUAGGAACUAGUUUUCUUGAAGCUAAAGCUUAUAUCAUAUUUUGUUAUAAUAUUGAUCGGAUCAUAACAAAAUAGGUUAUUAUUUUGAUUAGACAGGUGCACUUUUUGCUACAAUUUCAGUUAUUUUAACAUCAUCCUGCACCUAGUUUAUAACAUAAUAAGUUAUAGAAAAAUGUCUUUACAUCAUAACACACUGUGUUAUAAACAUGAUAGAUUUUUCUAGUCGGAUACUUUGGUAGUUUCAGGUAGAAUUUCCCGCAGAUUCGUCCAAGUUCAUGAAUCAUUUUUCAAAAGCUGCUGAAAGUACAAAUCCAUGUCACUGACGUGCGCAGGGUUCUUGCUUAGGGGGGGGGGGGCACAACAAUGGUAGUGCAAUAUAUGAUCAUGGUGCAAAAUAGAAUCAAGGUGUAGGGCGUGAUAUGAAUUCCCAAGAAGGGGUUUCGACGUGCUGUGCUUGCAUCACCAGGUACUUCAUAUUGGAAUUUUGGAGAAGGCUUCGGCUGGUGAUGAUUUCAAGGCAAUGCGAAACUAUAAUAUGAAUUCAUUAUCUCGACUCUUAUAAAAUUUUAUAAACGUAUCACAUACUAUUGAAAAAAAUUGAGAAAUUUAUCAAUCAUACAAAACAAAUGUCGUUGUGAAAGAAUUUAAAUCUUGGACAAUAAGUGAUGCUAGAAUUAGUGAAGACUCUAGAUUGAGUCAGAAUUCCUAGAUUUCCUAGAAUUCCUAGAUAGAUCAUCCAGGAAUUCCCCAAAAACUCUUCCAGGAAUUCCUCCAUAAAUUCCUCCAAGAUGCCCCCAAGGAUUUCCUCCGGGAAUUCCUCCACGGAAUCCUUCAGAAUUUUUUCCAAAAGUCUUCCAGGAAUUCCGUGAGGAAUUCCUCCAGCGAAUCCUCCACGGAUUCCUCCAGGAAUUUCUCCUGGAUUAUUUCUAGAAAGCCUCAUAUAUUUCUCCAGAUACCUCAAAUAAUUUACCAAGUAAAUACACCAAGAAUUCCUCCAGAGGUUCCUCCAGAAAUUUCCUCUAGGAAAUAUCCUCUAGGAAUGUCUGCCAGAAUUCUCCCAAUAUUUCCUACAGGAAUUGCUCAACGGAUUCCUCUAGAAAAUCCCAAAGGAAUUUCUCAUGGAUGUCUUCCAGGAAUUUCUCCUGGAAUUCCAUGAGAAAUUCCACCAGGGAUGCCUCCAUGGAUUCCUCCAGGAAAAAAUCUAGGAAAUUCUCAAGCAAUUUCUGCAGGAAUUCUUCCAGGGAUUCAUCCAUGAAUUUCUUCAGAAAGUUCUUCUGAAAUUCCUCCAGAAAUUCUUUCAGAAAUUUCUCCAGGAAUACCUUCAGAAAUUGCUCCAGGAAUUGCUCCAGGAAUUCCUUCGGAAAUUCCACCAGAUAUUCCUCCAGAUAUUCCUCCAGAUAUUCCUCCAGAUAUUCCUCCAGAAAUUCCUCCAGGGAUUCCUCCAGAAAUGCCUCUAGAAUUUUCUGCCCGAAUUCCUCCAGAGAAUCCUAAAGGAAUGUCUCCCGUAACUCUUCCAAGAAUUCCUCCAGGGAAUCCUCUAUGGAUUCCUUUAGGAUUUUCCAGAAUUUCCCAGGAAUUUCCUCAGGGGUUUCUCCCAUCAAUUUCUUAAGAAAUUCUUCCAGGAAAACCUCUAGGUUUUCUGAAAAUCCUCUAGGAAUUUCUGCCACCCGAGCAGAGUGAAAAAGCUCAAUAAUAGCAUAUUUUGAUACGGAGAUCGAAAAGUAAUAUUUGUUUGUUUGAGAUAAGAGGUAAAAGUACUGAAAAUAAUAUCUCAAUUUUACUCCUGGAACAUAAUCAUCAUAGCACAUUUAGCUCUUGGUAACAUCUAACCAAUAGCAGUGAACUAUUUGAUUGAUCUUUAAAUAUCAAGUUUUGCUAUUGGUUGGAUGGUUCAAGAACAAAUUUUUGCUAUUAUUUUCAGUAGUUUUACUUCUUAUCUCAAACAAACCAAUAUCACAUUUUGAUCAUCAGUACUUGACCUCUUCCCGGGCAGCAUUCCUCCAGAGAAACCUAAAGGAAUGUCUUCCGGAACUCUUCGAAGAAUUCCUCUAGGAAUUCUGCGAGGAACUCCUCUAGGCAAUCCUCCUUGGAUUUCUCCAGAAAUUUUUCCGAGUUUUUUUUUUUCAGGAAUUUCAUCAGGAAUUCCUGCAGGGAUUCAAUAAUGAAUUUCUUCAGAAAUUCCUCCAAAAAAUCCGCAAGAAAUACAACCAAGCAUUCCUUUAGAAACUCCCCGAUGAGUUCAUUCAGACAUUCCUCCAAGAAGCCUCCAGGGAUUUCUUCCAGGAAUUCCUCCACGAAUUCCUCCAGAAAUUCCUGAAGGAAGUUCUCCCGGAGCCCUUCCAAGAAUUCCUCCAGGAAUUCCGCGAGAAAUUCCUCCAGAGAAUCCUCCACGGAACCCUCAGGGAAUUUCUCCAGGAUAUUUUCCAGGAAUUGCUUCAGGAAUUGCUUCAGGAAUUCCUGCAAGAAUUCCUUCAGAAAUUUCUCGAAGAGUUCCUGCAGACAUUCCUCCAGAAAUUUCUCCAGGAAGCCUCAUAUAUUUCUCCAAAAAUUUCUCAACUAAUUCCUCCAGGGAUUCCUCCGGGAAUUGCUCCAUGAAUUCCUCCAGAAAAUCCUUAUGGAAUUUCUCACGGAACUCUUCCACGAAUUCCUCCUGGAAUUCCCCGAGAAAUUCCUCCAAGGAUUCCGUGAAUUUCUUCAGAAAUUCCUCAUAAAUUUUUCCAGAAAUUCCUCCAGGAAUUCGUCCAGAAAUUCCUCCAGGGAUUUCUCCAUAAUUUCUUCCGGCGAAUCCUAAAGGAGUGUCUCCCGGAACUCUUCCAAGAAUCCCACUUGGAAUUUCUCGAGGAAUUCCGCGAAGAAUUUCUCCAGAGAAUCCUAAACGGAAACCUGGAAUUUCUCGAAAAAUUCCUCCAGCGAUUCCUCCAUCGAUCCUCCAGGAAAUGCUCAAGGAAUUUAUUCAGAAAAGGAUAGAUCCCUUAUCCAUAUUUUUUUCAGAAAUUCCUCAAAAAAUCCUCCAGAAAUAUCUCCAGGAAUUCUUCCAGGGAUUCCUCCAGAAAUCCCCUAGGAGUUUCUGCAAGAAUUCUUCCAGAGAAUCCUCAAGGAAUGACCUCCAGGAAUUCCUCCACGGAUUCCUCCAAAUAAUCCUUAAUCAAUUUCUCACGGAACUUUUCUAGGAAUUCUUCCAGGCAUUCCUCCAGGGGUACCUCCAUGGAUCCCUCCAGAAAUAAAUCCAGGAAUUUAUUCGGGAAUUUCUCCUUAGAUUCAUCCAUGAGUUUCUUCAGAAAUUCCUCAAAAAAAAUCUUUCAAAAACUCUUUGAAGAGUUCCUCCACGCAUUCUUCCAGGAAUGCCUCCAAGAAGCCCUAAAUAUUUGUCCAGAAAUUCCUUAAAGAAUUUUUCUAGGAAUUCCUCCAGUUAUUUCUCCAAAAUAACUUUCAGAAAUUUCCCCAGAAAAACCUCCCGGAAUGCAAACAUGGAUUCUCCAAGGAAUUAUUUAGAUAUUCCUUCAGAAAAUCCUCCAGGAACUUCUCCAGGGAACCUUAAAUAUUUCUCCAAAAAUUCCUCAAACAAUUACUUCGGAAAUUCCUCCAGGAAUUCUAUCAUUAACUUCUACAAAAAAUCUUUCGGAAAUUUCUUCUGAAAUACUUCCAGGAAUUUCUACGUGGAUUCCUCCAGAAAUUUUUGCAGGGAUUCCUCCAAGAAUUCCUUCUCGGAUUUUUCCAGAAAAUCUUAAAGAAAGUUCUCCCAAGACAAGACUUGAAGGAAUCUUAGGGAGAAUGCCUACAGAAUACCCGGGAAACAUGCCUUAGAAAAUCAGGAUGGCAUAUCCUGGCAAAAUCCGGAAAAGCAUUUCUGAGAUAAAGAGCUUAACCCUGGAAGAAACCAAAGGUUUCGUGGAGUUUCUCCAGAACGUAUCCAGAAUACAAGCAUGCGAUAGUUGCUAUGAAACUAUUAUUUACAUUUUUCUGAAAGAUGUUUGUAUUAGUUUAAAUCUGGUUAGACUAAACUAGACGAAAAUUUUGAAAAUUUUCAAAACUGUGGAAACAAAUUUCAAGAAGUUGGAAACAUGAAACAGCUAGAAAUUCCGGAAGUACGAUAUACGUUCUUCAGGAUGCUGAGGAAUACUGUAGAAAAUAAUUGGCAAAAGUAUUGAAAGUGUAUUGGUCGGUUCUUGAACCCCAGCAUUUUCCGUAGUGAUCUUAUGGGAAUUUCUGGAGAAACUGUUCUUUGCGAGAUUUUUAUGGAUAAAAUUCUGGAGGAAUUACUGGUGAAAUCGUUCGAAACUUCAACUGUAUACUAAGAGAUUUUUAAAGAAAUUGCUGAAAAUUAUUUGACAAUACUUUGAUAUGAUUGGCGGAAAAAAAACUGUACAGUCCCAGACUAAAACACAAUUCAAAUCCAACUUGUUUUUUAAGGAAUUUAAAAAAAAUCAUCACAGAUUCCCCAAGCAGUUCGUCUUAAUAAUCUCCAAGAAAUUCCUUCUGUAAUUUCUCCUACAGAUCCUUCUGAAAUUCCUUAAAAAGGGCCUCCCAGGAGGAAUCCCAGAGGAAAAUUCAGGGGAAACCCCAAAACGAUCUUAUUGAGAAAUAAAUUUCGUCAGAGGAACAGAAGGAUCCCAGAAGCAUCGCUUUGAAGAUUCAGAGGGGGGAAGUUCUGCAGGGGUCUAAGGGGAAAUAUCUGGGAAAAUCGCAAUUUCUUAAAAAAAUCCAAGAAUCAAUUUCAGGAAGAACGCCAGAAAGUCGAUUUGAAAUCGCAGAUAGAACUCUUUGGAAAAUUUCAGACAGGUCAUCUGUCGAAUUUAUGAAACACAAAAAAACAGAAGGAUUUCCAGGGAAAAAGUCCUUCUGGAAGAUUCAGAGGAAAUAUAUCUAGAGGAAUCUUAGAAGGGAUUUUUAGAAAAAUCACUUAAGAAAUUGCUGGAUACAUGCCGGAAAAAAUUCAGAAGAAAUGCUGGAUUGAAAAUUUAGAAGAAUCUCCGAAGCAUAUUCUGGAGAAUCCUUAAACAAAAGAAUAUCCAGAAGACAUCAUUGAGAUAUCCUUCAACAACUUUGUUUUGGUAUUAAUGUAACGAUUACAAAUUGAUUAAAUUUUAAAAAAAAUUAUAAACCCGAAUUUGAAAAGUUAAAAAUAAAGUCACUUUCCCUAGGGAAUCAGGGGAAAAAGAUUCAGGAGAGUGACCAAUAUGACCAAAAAAAUGCUCAAAAUAGCCUUCAAUGAAUUUUGUUCUGAAUCGGAUCAAAAACUGGCCACUUGCCCGAGGGAGCAAAUAAUUUCUCGCAGAACACUCGAGGAGUUAUUUGCCAGAUAAAACUUUGGAAAUCAUACCCCGGAUUGAUUUUGCAAAAAAAAAGGCCAACUCUAGAGAGGUAUUCUAGGAGGCAAUUCUGAAGUUCUUUCAAUAGGAAAUUAUUCAGAAAUCUUUGAAGAAACUGCUGCUGCAAUCACUGAACGAGUCAUGUAAGAGUCUGUGGGAGGAAUUUCUGUAGAAAUUACUGGAGGAAACACUGAAGAUAUUUCUGGCGACGUAAGUGAAGGAAUUUUUUAAGAAUUCUCGAAGGAAUCCAUGCAAUAAUUUCUGAAAUGAUAGUUUUAAGAAUUUCUUAAAGCAUCUUUGGUUGGAUUUCUAAACUUCUGGAAGAUUUUUAGGAAAACAUUCUAAGAAAAAAUCCCUGAAGGAAUCGCUAAAGGAAUCCUUGGGGCAAAAUCCAAGAAUCCAAGAGUCUUCCAGGAAUCUUCAGAAAUACAUUUUAAGAGGAACCUUCACGAUGAAUCGCGGUAAUGAUAUUCUUGGGCAAUCCCUGGAAGAGUUUACGAAAGAAUCUUUGAACGAAUUUCUAAAGAAAGAAGAUUUUGUAAUCUAGCAGUAUUUUUGGAAAAAAAAUCUGAAGGAAUUGUAAAUUUCUAAUUUUCUGAUGAAAUCACUGUGUGAAUCUCCAUAAGAAUUGCAUUGGACUAACUUUUGAAGAAAACUUUGGAGAAAUUUCUCAAGUAAUCCAUGGAAGAUAUUCUUCAAGAGGACUUGGAUAAAUUUCUUGAUGAAUGUGUAGAGAAUGAAUCAAUGAACUAUUGGAAAAAUUUUGAGAAUGUCUUGAUGAAUCUUGCAAAGAAGUUCUGAUGUAAUCACACCAGGAGUUUCGUGUCCCUGAAUAAUUUUCCAAAGAAAACAUUGAAGGUUUUCCAAUGGUAUCAUUGAAAAACAAUCUAGAAAAAACUCUACAGGAGUUUUUGAAGGAAAUUCUGGAGAUAUUCCUGAAAAAAAUAUCAUUUAUAAAUUUUGUUAAGCAAUUAAUACCUUGGAAAAGAUCCCUGUUUUGUUCUUUUGAAAAUGCAUGGAAAAUUCUCUAAAAGCCACUCUGGAUAAAUUUCUGAAGGAAUCCUUGAAGGAUUUUGUAGUGGUUUUUUGAGGAAUCUCUAGAAGCAAUCACUAGAGAAAUUUUUGAAAAAAAAAAUCCUGGAAAAAUGUCUGAAGAAAUCGUUAAUGAAUUUCCUACACGACCCAGAACAUUUUCUGAAAGAAUCCCCAAAAGGUUUUCUAAAGAAGUGUUUGUAGAAAUUUUUGGAAUCAUGAAUAUCUGAAUUUUUAAGGAAUCGCUGGAGGAAUUUGUGAAGAAACCUUUGGAGAUUUUUCCGAAAGAAUAUCCUGUUGUUUUUUUUUUCGUUAAUCAAUAGAGAAAUUUACGUGGAUAUCUUUUCUAGGGUAACUCUUGAAGAAAUGUGUGAGGAAUCUAAAGUAGGUUUACUUUACAAGCCGAUUUUUUUUAAGGAUUUUCGCCUUUUCAGUCCGAGUGUAAGAUCAAAAACAACCUUAUGUUCUCUUAUAUAAGGUUGUUUUUGAUCCCACAAUCGGACUGAAAAGCCAAAAAUUCCUAAAAGUACACCAAGUACAUGCCGAAUUUGAGUAGCACUCAAAUUGAAAGUAAAUCUUGGACACAUCUAGGAGCAGUUUGAGAAUCAAAACAUGGAUGAUUUUUCCAAAGGAAUUCUUGGAGAAACUUCUUGAAGAAUCUGUAGAGGAAUUUCUGAAAGAUGAUUAUUUUUUAUGAUCUCUGGGGUAACCCCUAAAAAAAAGCUCAACGUAUCUUGUAUGAUUUUUUUUAAAGAAUUUGUGGAAGAAUUUCUGAAGGAAUUCCCAAAUUAAGUUAGAAUUUCUAAAAAAAAAUAUGGAUAACUAGCUGUACCCGGCAAACUUUGUCUUGCCUACUGCGUUUUUUGACGUUUCAAGUUUCUAUCCAAGACCAAGUCCCCGGUCACAAAAUGUAUGGAAGAUCGAUUUUCAAAAUCUCUCAAUAUUUCCAUGUUUUUUGCCUCAUAAACCUUCCUUGGGUGAAAACUUACAGAACAAAACUAAGACGAUCAAAAUCGGUCCACCCGUUCGCAAGUUAUGCGCGGUCCCACGUAUGCCACUACAUUUUUAUAUAUAUAGAUAGAUUUUGUGGGAGAAUCGGGAUUCUGGAAGUUUUUUUUUUAAGAAAGCUUGCAGAAAUUCCUGAAGGAAUCCGUGAAUGAUUUUACAAAAGAGACUAUGAAGAAAUUGAUGUAUCCUAGGAAGAAUUACUGAAGAAAUCUAUGGAACGUUUUCUAGACAAUAUCAUGACACAUUUUUUGGGAAAUCUCUAGAAAAAAAUUCUGAAGGAAGCUCUCAAGAAGUUCAUGACGAUGUUCGCAGAGGAAUUUCUGAACCAAUCUACGGAAUAUAUCCUAAAACAAUCGUUCGAGAAGUUCUGCACAACAAUCCUUAGUGGCAUUUCUGAAGGAAAUCCUCAAGCAAAUUUUUGAAUGAAAUUUUGUAACAUUUCUUUAUUUUGAUUUUGAAUUUCUGAAGGAUUUCUUGGAGAAGUUUCAAAAACUGUGGAUGGAUUUCUGGAAUUUCUAGAACUUUGGAAAAACCCUUUCAGAAACAUUUAUGAAAGGAAUGGUUAUCUCAGCUCUUGAUAAAUUUCUGAUGAAAUUAUUCUUGAUAUUUCAAUAAAUGUUUCCUCUUAAAUUUUGAAAGGAACUUAGUAAGGUUUAAAAAAAUUAGAAAAGAGUUUUCAAACUUGUUCAGGAGUUUUCCACAUUUUUCGAGAAAUUUUUAAGGAAAUCUGAACGUUAUUGGGCAUUUUUUAUUACCGUACGGGUUUGGGCCGAAGGGUCUCAGUUUUUCCCGGAAAACUAAGGUGGAAUUUUUAUGUUUUUCCCUGACACUACUUACUUUGAAAAAUCAUAACUAAAGUACGAAGCAUCAUAGAAACAAAGAUUUUUUUUAGAAAAUGAAAGCAGAUUUUCCCAGAAAUCCAAAAAAAUAUGAUCUGGAAAAAGUUUUCCACAAAAUGUUCUACAGUUGAGAAAAAAAACCGGAAAAACUAUGCCCGAACUUGCGGAAAAUUUUCAAAAAAAAAAUUGAGAAUGUUAUUUUAUAAGCUUUGAUCGUAGACAAUUUUGGAAUGCACUUUUCUUUUCGUUCCUGGGUUAUGACCUAUAUUGUGAAAAAUGAACAUAUAAUAGAUGCGAACAUGGUCAUUUUUCACAAAAUUGACCAUAACUCAGGAACAAAAAUAAAGUGCAUUCCAGAAAUUUCAGCGAUCAAAGCUCAUAAAAUUACCUUCUCAAAAACAGUUUUUUGAAAAUUUUUCGCGAGUUCGAACAUAGUUUUCCGGCUUUUCGUUAUGAAUUUUCUCAAUGGUGGAAAAUUUUGUGGAAAGCUUUUUCUACUUCAUAUUUUUUCAGGAUUUCUGAGAAAAUUUGCAUUUAUUUUCCAGAAAAAACUAUGUUUAUAUGAUGCUUCAUUCUUAAGUUAUGAUUUUUCAAAGUAAGUAGUGUCAGGAGAAAACAAAAAAAUCCACCUGAGUUUUCCGGAAAAAUAGGCGACCCUGAUUUUUUCUCAAUUUUUUUUUUGUUCAUACAUUCAUGAGCCCUGCCUGUGAAAAAAGCCAAUGACCGUUUUGUAUGGACAAAUAAAAAAAAUUGUAUGGACUAAUGACCACGCGGGGGUUGAAAAGUCCCAAAAAAAUGACCACGUGGUUUAUGGACAGCCCCUUAUGCUUCAAUAUCUGGGCUGUUUCUCAAGUUAACUAUAAGAACAUUAGACACCAAGCUUCCAGCUAUGCCAAUUCAACAAUGACAAAUUUCUUUUAAGAUUAUCUAUUUUUUCAAUCAAAAGAAAAUAGCGAGAUGCAUUUGAUUAUACAUGAUACCUUAGAUUUUCCGAUAAAUCAAAUACUGUUCUUUUGACCUACCCUCACUCUUGAAACCAGUCUAAUCGAACUCCACGCAGGAGACAGCUCGGCAGCGUUAUCUGCUAACGCCGCAAGGGAAGGCUGGGCUUCCAAGC